UUAUUAUUAAAAUUAAAUUGCCAUAGAUUUCGUUUCGUGUAAACUGACCAUCUUUUGACAUCGCUUCCGUCUUCCUCUUCUCUUUCGAAAUUUUAUUUGAAGUGAUGAUUGUGACACAGAGGUUUCUCCUUCAAUCAAUCUUGUUGACCUAAUUUCAAAUUUCUCGUCAUUUUCAUAUUGCAAAGUCAAUUUUGCUUUUAAAUGUUCUCGCAAAGGUUCUUUUCGGGGAUGGGAUCUGCGAAUCUUUGAAGAUCUAUACUGACAAUAAAAGAUUACUUCAUUUCUGGUUUCUGGAUAUAUGUUGAUUUUUUAAAGAGUUGCGCCAUUUCGUAAGCUUCUGGGUGUGAGUGAGGUCGAUAAGAGAUGGAGUCUAAGGAGAUUAGAUCCUCCGUGAUUACCAGAUCGACGAUGCGUUUCAAUGGACUGUUUCGACCUCUGCAUCAAGAAAGGUUGAGAGUGAUUGAGAUGCAGAAGUUGAACUCAAAGUCCGAUUCCGGAUUCACGGUGGUUCCAACGAAGGAGCUUUGUCGUGUUUAUCUCCAGAAACCAGAUUUGUUGGCCUCCAAGGGUGUAAUCGAUGCACAAGCUAAGCCUCCUCACCGUCAGAGAAACGUUUCGAAAUCGAUUGGAUUGAAGUUACCUGGGGAGAUUGCAGCAAACCACAGGAAGUUUUCUAGGAGAUUUGAUCAGCAAAGCUUGAAGUCGAAGCUGAGAUACCAUACUGAUCCUCUGAAACCCAAAAUCGAGAAGAAAGAGAAUUCUCAGAGACGGUUCUCUCCUCUUGGUUUUGGUAGUAAUUCUCAGUUGCGAGAUAGGAAGAAAGGGCAAUACUUUACCAUUGAGAAGAAGUCGAAGGAAAUGAAGAGACUUUGUGAUGGUACUACUACUACUACAUUUGAUCAGAAGAAAUCUAAGGAAAUGAAGAAACUUUGUGAUCAGAAGAAGGAUGGAGUUGUGAGAGAAGUUGGUUACAAGUUGAUGGUUAGUACAUGUAGGGACUCGGUGUUGAGUUUGGAGCGAAACAGAGUUGCAGCAGAUGUGAAGUGCAGGGAUAUAUCUUCUUCUACAGGUUUCAUUAGCAAGGGUAAAAAUGAUGAUUCAUUAGAUUGCUUCAGUGCAUCUCCGGAAUGUCAGACCAACUCGGAAGAAGCUCAUCAACCUAGUCCUGUUUCUGUUCUGGACCCAAUUUUUAACGAUGAUAUGGUAGACGACAGUGAAGAGCUUCCUUAUCUAGAUCUUCAAGGUCUAGAGGAACACAUUGACACUCUGAAAUCUGAAUCCGACAGUUAUUCAGAUGGGAGUGGGAUGGAAGUAUCAAGUGAUGAUGAGUCUGUGAUUGAUUUUGAAACCAAAGAAAGCAAGGACAGUGAACCAAUUGAGUUAUUGGAUUUUCAAGAAAGCAGGGAUUCUUCUUACAUUGAUGAUAUCUUGGCUGAAGUUGUACUUGGGGACAAGAAUUGGACUCUUGACAAACGGGAUUCACUGGAUUCAGUCAUCACCCUCAAGAUCUUCGAGAAACUGGAGAAGAAGUAUCACACAGAGACUUCUUGGAAGAGGUCCGAAAGAAGGAUUUUCUUCGACAGAGUCAGUUCAGGUCUGGUAGAGAUUGUAGAUUCCUUUACAGCUACACCAACAUGGAAGAAACCCGUUUCUAGGAGGCUUGGCGCAGUGCUAAGCACAUGUGGACUGAAACAAGAACUCUGGAAAGUGCUUGCGAGGCAAGAGAAGCGAGCCAAGAAAGAAUCAUUGGCCAAAGUGCCAAACAUAGACAUGGAUGAGUGGUUAGAACUUGAAGCUGAUGAUGAGCCAGUGGUUUGUGAAUUAGAAAGUAUGAUAGUGGAUGAGUUGCUGUCUGAGGUUGUCAGCUUCAUGUAGAGUAUUCUUUUCAUUCUUUCAAAUCGCAUUCUCUGUAUUUUGAUUGAGAAUAGAGAGAGAGAGAGAUAGUAGUAGUUGCAUUUUGGCUUACAUCAUCAAAGGGAGAUGUAUAGCGUUUAAAGGGAGUUUGUGCAUACAAAUUGUUUUCUUUGUCAGGUCUAGGAUUGGCCUCUUAGCAAGUCAGUCACAUUGCUUCAAAAAGGUCAAUGUGACUUGUACCCAUUUGUAAACGUGUUUCCAAAAGGCUUUUGUGUGAAUGAAAACAAGAUUUUGAUUGUAAACAGUCUCAUUUAAAUAAAUUUCGUUUGAAGUAAGAAUUACACAACAAAAGGAAAAAGGCCACAAGCGGAAGCUAGAGAGGAAUAACAUGUACAAAAGCAAUCAUUUCUUGUUUAACACUCAUACUUUCUCUUCAAGCUUUGUAGGUGAGGUAUACACUGAAAUGGAGGAUGGUGUCUUGACCAUCAGUGAUAUGCUGGUUGUCCUGGUUAUGCAGAGUUUCCACUACGGCAUACCCUUUGGCGUGCUCGAACUUCCCUGUCCCGCCAAUAACCGCGAUCUGAGAAGCAUGAGAGGCGGUCCUGUGAACCCCAAAGAAGCUAAUGGCAUCGUCUAAAGUAUCAUGAUGGUCAUGCUCUCCGUGUAGCAACACGGUCAGAGAAAGAGUCUGGCUUGUGCCGUCUAAGGAACUGGCCAAGUAAAAGCCUUGAGCUUUCCCUAUAACAGCUGAGCCAAGCUCGUGGCUUUCGGUUAGCUCGUCGUCCACAACGGUUAUAGUUCCAAACAUAAGAUGCUGGAGGGCAGCACCGGGAGGGAGGUUUCCGGCGGUUACAAAGGGGAGGUUGUUAGAGCUAAGGGCGUCGUUGGAGUUGCCGUUGGUGUUUUGGAUCACGGUGCUGGUUUGAGCGCCGCCGAGUCCGGUGAGAAGUGGGGCUGUGUUAGGGUUGAUGAGACUGUUGAUGUUGUUUGAGUUAACCAGUGGGACUCCGUUGUCUACCGGGAAAAUGCUGUUGCUUGCCUUUGAGAAUGGUAUUCCGUUCACCUCGGUUUGAGCUACUAUUCCGGUGACCACACGAGCCGAUGGGUGUGACCCGCCUAGCACGUCAUGCAUAAAGAACUCUAGUAACGGCCCAUGUUCGCCCGCUGUAGCCCCUGUUGGACCGGCCGGGACUGUGACUGCUAAUGUAGUUGUGGCUGCUGCUGGUGGGAAAUCGUCGGCUUCGUCGACAUUUUCAGCUUCGGUUGGAGCCACGGUUGGGAUUUGGUCGGUAGGGACCAACUGAGGCUGAGGUUGGAUUUGGUCGAGAAGUCUAGCGGAGUUGAUAAGUGCGAGGAGAUUGGAGGCUAUGAGGAAGAGAAUGAUUGUUAUGUGAAGAGCUUUGGCCAUUUUGGUAUUUCGUUUGGAUUCUCAAGUUUCGAGUGUUGUGUUUGAAGUUUGG